GUAGCCAGUUGCACCUAUGGGCUGGUAUGAGAUGAGGUGAGCGAUGCCAUAAAUACCUUUGUUUGGGAUCUUUGUUUCCACCCCGGAGGACAAGAGACGGUGCACUUCGCUGUUCACCCAUCCAUGCUGGCUGUGUUUGUCAAAGUUAGUCGAACUUUGGUGACGUGUUCGGCGCAGGUUUGAAACGCGAUCAACGCUGCCUGCGAGACGCAGCAUUGACACCGUUUUGUUGGCUGUGUAGGCCUGGACAGAGUUAGCGAUAUGUGAAUUCGUCCAUAGUUGCCAAUAUAUCUUGGCUAGUAGAAAGGGUUGGAGGCAAUUUUUCAACUAACCAGGGCCUCGUUUCCCAGAGCCUUUGUAGCGUUAAUAUCACCGUUAGAACCUUCUUACGAUGUAGCUUUAGUAGCCCAGGUGUUUCCCAUAGCCUUUGUAGCGUUAAUAUCACCGUUAGAACCUUCUUACGAUGUAGCUUUAGUAGCCCAGGUGUUUCCCAGAGCCUUUGUAGCGUUAAUAUCACCGUUAGAACCUUCUUACGAUGUAGCUUUAGUAGCCCAGGUGUUUCCCAGAGCCUUUGUAGCGUUAAUAUCACCGUUAGAACCUUCUUACGAUGUAGCUUUAGUAGCCCAGGUGUUUCCCAGAGCCUUUGUAGCGUUAAUAUCACCGUUAGAACCUUCUUACGAUGUAGCUUUAGUAGCCCAGGUGUUUUCCAUAGCCUUCGUUAGUAAAGCAGCUCUGAAAAACCUUUGCACAUCUCUGAGUGAUCCAGACCACUCGUAGAGCAGCCAAGGUGCACCGUUAGAUGCUUUUUUUGCCAUUCCGCGUCUCUGUAUUCAUAGAGGAUCUCCGCUAAACAUAGAAUCAACAUGUUGAUUCUAUCUGUCUGACUGCGACUGCCGAUAACUAUAGAACGAAGUUGACUACAAAUACAAAGUAUCCAAAGUAUUUGCAAUUGUUACAAACAAGUGAAGGAUAAAUGAAUGCUUCAAAUGAAAACCGAGAUGACUGCAUUAAAAGAUAUAUAGGCUGCAUGGGCCUCUAUAGGCUAGUUCAGUUUUACUGAAAUCUAUUUCAUGUUCAGUCAAUGGAGUUCUAUUUUGCGACUAGGCUACUGUCUGUAAAAAAACAUGUUUUGCAUCAAUGUGUUUCAUGAUGUGUGACAACAUGUGCCCAAUCUGUGAUUUUGUGCAUUAUUAUUAGGGAAGCAUAAUAAACCACCUCAAUAACCUUUUUGCAGCCAUAGGUGGUAAUUUCUCUCUAGGAGCUGAUCUGUCAUCACUAUUGUGAAAUAGUUCUAAUGUUAAGGUAAGAUUUGAAUGGACAAAGCUGACCCGAGAGCAGCGCUGCCUUUCUUUUGAUCCUAUCAGUAUCGACACAUGGUCUAACGACGCACUUAGUGAACGUUCGCUACGUGCUUGUUUGGGGAAACACUUCAAAAGUUGGCUCAUAAAUAACGUAAAUAAAGAUGCAUCUGGUUACAUCGGAACUGGGAAACGAGGACCUACUUUCUUCGUUCGGAAGAAAGGUGUAUCUUAUCAAUGUCCAUGUUCAGUUGCAGGUGGUUCUCCAAAAACCAGAGAAGAUUCAGAAAGAUAGUAAAAAUCGAAGUUUUGUAUCGAGAGAGAAAUGCCUCAUGCAUGUGUUUGGAUCUUUGUUUUGGUCGCACUGUGUGAUGCGCUGUCAUCUAUUUUUACACGUGGCCAUGGACGCGUCGCAUAGAAGUGACUAGUUCCUGUAAAGAUGUUGGGAAAUGCUAGAUGUCUGGCAGCAAAUAUGGCGAGGGAACUCCUCACUUGGUGCAAAACGUGGAUUUUACAAACCUUUUCAAAUAUUCUCUGGUUUUGGGAGAACCACGUGCAACUCAACACAGACAUUUACAAGAUAAACUUUACUUCCGAAUCAAGAAUGAAGAAAGUAUUAGCGAAACAUUACUUAUUGUUAGUUUGAAUCCCUUAUAUUAGGUAGGUAGGAUAAAAAAAAAUAGUUGAGUCUGCCCGAAGCGAAUGAGCUGGUAUUCAGGCAAAAGAUUUGGUGUUGCUUUGGCAGUCAAACUAGUUGCAUUUUCUUUGUUAUAUGUUUUGUUUGUACAUUUGCCUUAUUUUGUUACCACUUCCCCAGAGCCUUCCAGGGCUUGUUGUCUUUUUGGGGGUUAUUUUGGUUAGAGAGCAGUGGCAAGUCUUAAGAAUGAAUGUGUGUGCUUUAGCAUGCUAAUUAUCACAAGUGUGUUAUCUUUCAAAGAAUGUUUCAUAUUGAGUAUGCUAUCUAACAAAGAAUGUUUCAUAUUGGGUAUGAUAUCUAACAAAGAAUGUUUCAUAUUGAGUAUGAUAUCUAACAAAGAAUGUUUCAUAUUGGGUAUGAUAUCUAACAAAGAAUGUUUCAUAUUGAGUAUGAUAUCUAACAAAGAAUGUUUCAUAUUGGGUAUGAUAUCUAACAAAGAAUGUUUCAUAUUGGGUAUGAUAUCUAACAAAGAAUGUUUCAUAUUGGGUAUGAUAUCUAACAAAGAAUGUUUCAUAUUGAGUAUGAUAUCUAACAAAGAAUGUUUCAUAUUGGGUAUGAUAUCUAACAAAGAAUGUUUCAUAUUGGGUAUGAUAUCUAACAAAGAAUGUUUCAUAUUGGGUAUGAUAUCUAACAAAGAAUGUUUCAUAUUGAGUAUGCUAUCUAACAAAGAAUGUUUCAUAUUGAGUAUGAUAUCUAACAAAGAAUGUUUCAUAUUGGGUAUGCUAUCUAACAAAGAAUGUUUCAUAUUGGGUAUGAUAUCUAACAAAGAAUGUUUCAUAUUGGGUAUGAUAUCUAACAAAGAAUGUUUCAUAUUGGGUAUGAUAUCUAACAAAGAAUGUUUCAUAUUGAGUAUGAUAUCUAACAAAGAAUGUUUCAUCAGGUAUGCCGUCUUACAAAUAUUUUUUAAUCACAAGUAUAUUAUCUUACAAUGAUUGUGAAUAUACUCUAAGUUUGCAUGAUAUUCUCCUUGAAGUGUUUUACAUGCAAGGUUUGAGUCUUGGAGACUUUGUAGUAUUUCUUGCCCUGCUGCUAAUCCAUUGUUUGUGCCCUCUAUGUUAAUAAACCUUGGCACUUUGGUUAACUAUUGUUCAUCUCAAUCAUUUGACAGACCUGUGCUUAACUUGUCCCGAGGACCUCCCCUCGUGUAUACAUAAAGGUGGCGCAGUACAGUUUACAUAUCUCUAAAAACACACACUAUCUUUCAGAAACUCUCACCUUUUCUGUCUACUCAUCUCUCUUUUCUGUCUACCCAUAUCUCUUUUCUAUCUACCCAUCUCUAUUUUCUAUCUACCCAUCUCUAUUUUCUAUCUAUCCAUCUAUCAUGUCAUUAUUUCCCUCUCUAAAUCUCCAUCUACACUCCACAAGGUAUACCAGCUACUAUGGAAGAAUUCACAUAUCGCCGAUUUAAGUUUUGAUGUUGCUAUUAUUUAAAUAAACUGGUGUUACACAUCUACACCCCCCCCCAUAUCUCUCUUACCGCCCGCCUCUCCCCACAGACUGACAACCACAAACAGCCAGACAUUUACUAAACAGACACCCGCGGCACUCCGCCCUGCCUCCCGAAGUACAACCUCUCCCUGAGUGUGUCAAGGUUACGCACUCUUCCCCACAGCCUCCAUCUAAACCUGUGGAUUUACAUGUGACAGCAAAGGUCAAGGAAUGAAUGCGCUGUGACGUUGUCCAGUUGGAAGGCAGAUAAAAUGGCCUCUGGGUCAAAGUCAGUAUUGUUUGUUAUAAUUGCAACAACCAACACGCCACCGAACAAAGGCUCAUGGCCUUGGUUUCUAUACUGGCAACUUAUGUUUCAAAUGUGAGAAUAAAUGUACAAACACAGUUGUUUAUGCUCGAUUCAAUGGCUUUUCGUGACAUUAUUUAGCUUCAAAGGUGCAGGAUUUCCUUCAAAUCAACCAACAAGUGAGAAAGUAAGUGCAGCAGAGAGAAAGAAAAUGAUCUUUAUUCAUUCAUUGUCCUCGUUCUUUUCCAUUCCACUCCACACUGUUAUUACUGUCAACUUCUUUUCCAUUCCACUAUACACUGUUAUUACCGUCAACGUCAGACGGAUUCUUUCUUUCAGGGGCCUUGUCGUCAAAAUGACCAAGCUGUAUAGGUGAAGGUUGAAUAAAUAAAUAAAUUACAUUUCACAGAUCCCCCUCCUCCUCCCCAACCCCUCCCAUCCUCAGCCCCCUCUCCACUCACCUGCCUCAUUCCUCCUGUGUACCUCCCCUUGGGCAGGUAAACCAGUCGGGUAUAUAAAUAUAUUCAAACCUCAGUUAGCUAUCCAGGGAGCUCUGGGGUGACUCGAGACGUCGAGAAAGUGAGAGACAGAAGUGUAAACGUGUAACAGGUGGAGUUUCUCAGGAUAAGGAGCAAGUAUAUUCUCUUUACAAACCACUGGGAUUGAGAGUCCUAGAACAGCAGUGCAAGGAUGGGGCUUGGAAAGGGGAAAGAUGAUUAUAAGCUGGCGGCGACCUCCGAGGACAAUGGAAAUAAAAAGAGCAAAAAGGAGGUGAAGAAAGCAAAGGAGAAGAAGGACAUGGACGAUCUGAAAAAGGAAGUUGACCUGGAUGACCACAAGUUGACCUUGGAUGAACUUCAUAGGAAAUACGGCACAGACUUAGCCAGGGGUCUAACCUCAGCUCGGGCUAAGGAGAUCCUUCUUCGUGAUGGCCCCAACACCCUGACCCCUCCUCCCACUACCCCUGAGUGGGUGAAGUUCUGCAGGCAGCUCUUUGGUGGGUUCUCUAUGCUCCUAUGGAUUGGUGCAAUGCUCUGCUUCCUGGCCUACGGAAUCCAGGCCGCCUCCGAGGAUGAGCCAGCUAAUGAUAAUUUGUACCUGGGUGUUGUGCUCUCUGUUGUCGUCAUUGUCACUGGCUGUUUCUCCUACUACCAAGAGGCCAAGAGCUCAAAGAUCAUGGACUCCUUCAAGAACCUGGUCCCACAGCAAGCCCUGGUUGUCCGUGACGGUGAGAAGAAGAACAUCAACGCUGAAGAAGUGGUGGUUGGAGAUCUGGUGGAGGUGAAAGGAGGAGAUAGGAUCCCAGCUGAUUUGCGUAUUGUCUCUGCCAGCGGCUGCAAGGUGGACAACUCCUCCCUCACUGGUGAAUCUGAGCCCCAGACACGUACCCCGGAUUUCUCCAAUGACAACCCCCUGGAGACAAGGAACAUUGCCUUCUUCUCUACCAACUGUGUUGAAGGAACUGCCAGAGGUAUCGUCAUCAACACUGGUGACCACACUGUCAUGGGUCGUAUCGCCACCUUGGCCACGAGUCUGGAGGGUGGGAAGACGCCUAUAGCCAAAGAGAUUGAGCACUUUAUCCACAUCAUCACCGGUGUGGCCGUCUUCCUGGGCGUGUCUUUCUUCGUCCUCUCCCUCAUUCUGGGAUAUGGUUGGCUGGAAGCUGUCAUCUUCCUCAUUGGAAUCAUCGUUGCUAAUGUGCCAGAGGGUCUCCUGGCUACUGUAACUGUGUGUUUAACUCUGACUGCCAAACGUAUGGCCAAGAAGAACUGCCUGGUGAAGAAUCUCGAAGCUGUUGAGACCUUGGGCUCCACCUCCACCAUUUGCUCUGACAAGACCGGAACCCUGACUCAGAACAGAAUGACCGUGGCUCACAUGUGGUUCGACAACCAGAUCCAUGAGGCUGACACCACAGAGAAUCAGAGUGGUACCUGCUUCGACAAAAGCUCUGCCACCUGGGCUUCCCUGGCUAGAGUCGCUGGCCUGUGCAACCGCGCCGUCUUCCUGGCAGAACAGAACAACGUACCUAUCCUCAAGAGAGAUGUGGCUGGUGAUGCUUCAGAGUCUGCCCUGCUGAAGUGUAUCGAGUUGUGCUGCGGGUCUGUCAAAGACAUGAGAGAAAAGUACAGCAAGAUCGCUGAGAUUCCCUUCAACUCCACCAACAAAUAUCAGCUCUCCAUUCAUAAGAACAUCGUGGCCGGAGAGUCCAAUCACCUGCUGGUGAUGAAGGGAGCCCCUGAGAGGAUUCUGGAUCGCUGCUCCACCAUUUUGAUCCAGGGCAAAGAACAGCCUCUGGAUGACGAGUUGAAGGAAGCCUUCCAGAAUGCUUAUGAAGAGCUGGGAGGGCUGGGAGAGAGAGUGCUGGGUUUCUGUCAUUUCCAGCUCCCUGAUGACCAGUUCGCUGAGGGGUUCCAGUUUGAUUGUGAAGAGGUGAACUUCCCAACUGAGAAUCUGUGCUUCGUUGGACUAAUGUCCAUGAUUGACCCUCCCCGUGCUGCUGUGCCUGAUGCUGUGGGAAAGUGCAGGAGUGCUGGAAUCAAGGUUAUCAUGGUCACUGGUGAUCAUCCCAUCACUGCUAAGGCCAUUGCCAAGGGUGUGGGCAUCAUAUCUGAAGGAAACGAGACUGUUGAGGACAUCGCUGCUCGUCUGAAAAUCCCCGUUUCUGAGGUCAAUCCAAGAGAUGCCAAGGCCUGUGUUGUCCACGGUGGAGAGUUGAAGGACCUGUCAGCCGAACAGUUGGAUGACAUUUUGGCCCAUCACACUGAGAUUGUGUUUGCCAGAACAUCUCCUCAGCAGAAGCUGAUCAUUGUGGAGGGUUGCCAGCGUCAGGGUGCUAUUGUGGCUGUGACAGGUGAUGGUGUGAACGAUUCUCCUGCUCUGAAGAAGGCUGACAUCGGUGUUGCAAUGGGUAUCUCUGGAUCUGACGUCUCCAAGCAGGCUGCAGACAUGAUCCUCCUGGAUGACAACUUUGCCUCCAUCGUGACUGGUGUUGAAGAGGGCCGUCUGAUCUUUGACAACUUGAAGAAGUCCAUCGCCUACACCCUGACCAGUAAUAUUCCAGAAAUCUCACCCUUCCUCCUCUUCAUCAUCGCCAACAUUCCACUGCCCCUAGGAACCGUCACCAUCCUCUGUAUCGACUUGGGAACUGAUAUGGUCCCAGCUAUCUCCCUGGCCUAUGAAGAAGCUGAGAAUGACAUCAUGAAGCGACAGCCCAGAAACCCCAAAACUGACAAACUGGUGAACGAGAGGCUCAUUAGCAUAGCCUACGGUCAAAUUGGUAUGAUGCAGGCCACAGCCGGUUUCUUCACAUACUUUGUUAUCCUGGCUGAGAACGGGUUCUUGCCCAUGGAUUUGCUGGGUAUGCGUGUGGACUGGGACAACAAGAUAAUGAACGACAUGGAGGACAGCUACGGUCAGCAGUGGACAUAUGAGCGCAGAAAGAUUGUGGAGUUCACCUGCCACACAGCAUUCUUCGCCAGUAUUGUAGUUGUACAGUGGGCUGAUUUGAUCAUCUGUAAGACCAGGAGGAACUCCAUCCUUCAGCAGGGAAUGAAGAACCGUAUUCUCAUCUUUGGACUGUUUGAGGAAACUGCCCUGGCUGUCUUCCUGUCCUACUGUCCUGGAAUGGAUGUCGCCCUCAGAAUGUACCCCCUCAAGCCUUGCUGGUGGUUCUGUGCCUUACCCUACUCUCUGCUCAUCUUCCUCUAUGAUGAGGGUAGGAGAUACAUCCUGCGACGAAACCCAGGAGGUUGGGUGGAACAGGAGACCUACUACUGACAAAAAGAGGCUAUCCCCAGGAUCACUCAACGUCACUCUGCUGCUACAUCUCAACCAACAACAUUACACUACAUUUCAAUCUGCUACAUUACCAUUACAUCCAAUGAACACUGUGAUGGUGCACUCAGCCGCAUUGAGGAGUUCUUAAUUGUGAUAAUGCAAAUUGAAAUAAACAUCACUUCAACACUAA